AAAGCAGUAAUGUUGGGGUCUUUAUCGCUGCCUCAACUCAAGACUCUGAACUCGUAUCUAGGGUUUGUACUUUGCAGAAGAAAAUGAACUUAUCAUAAUCAUCACUCACUUCUUUUCACUAAUUUCCCAUUACUGCAACAUUGCUUGGAUUGGAUUGAAAUUGAAAUUGAAUUUGAUUUUGAUUUGAUCGAUUUUGAUUAUUUGAUUUGAUUUGAACAACAACUUUGUGAUGGAAAGGUCCAGAUCUAAACGGAGUUACUACUAUGACCAGGAUUAUGAUUCUGAAACCGUUGCAAGAACAAGGCCACGUUAUAACCACCACCACCACCAUCAUAGAGACUCUCACCGUCAUCGCGGCGGCGUUGGCGGCGGUGGUCGACAUUAUAAGACGCAGGACUCUCCGUUAACAGUGACGACUAGUUACCGUUUGUUGUGUCAUGACUUGAGAGCUGGUGGUGUGAUUGGGAAGUCAGGGAGUAUUAUUAAGUCGAUUAGGCAGCAUACUGGCGCGUGGAUUAACGUGCAUGAGCCUGUGGCUGGAGAUGAGGAGAGGAUUAUCGAGAUUUCUGACACGCGCCGCCGUGAUCCGGAUGGUAGAAUGCCACAGUUUUCGCCGGCGCAGGAGGCGUUGCUUCUCAUUCAUGAGAGGCUGUUGGAGAACGAUCCGGGGUUUGAGGAUGAGGAGGACUACGGCGGCGGAAGAGGUGGUGGUGGGAAGCGUGUUUCUAGUAGGUUGGUUGUUUCGAAAAUGCAUGUUGGGUCAUUGCUAGGAAAAGGUGGAAAAAUAAUUGAACAGAUGAGAAUUGAGACAAAGACACAAAUUAGGAUUCUUCCAAGGGAUUCGUAUCUACCUCGCUGUGUUUCCAUGUCUGAAGAGAUUGUUCAGGUUACAGGUGAUAUACACAAUGUGAAGAAUGCUUUUCUGGUCAUAUCUUCCCGGCUGAGGGAGAGCCAGCAUCGUGAUCGUAGCGGUGAGCGCGGUGGUGGUGGUGGUCAGUUCCAUGGACGUGGACAUUCGCCUGAGCGUUUUUUCCCUCCUGAUGAUGAUUAUUUACCUCAUGUGUCUAGUGGUUCUCGGAGACCAUCGGUGGAGCGUUCUGGUUUUGGAUCACGGAUAGCUACCACCAAUUCCCGAAACAAUAACCAUGCUUCAAUAAGUUAUUCAAUGGAUCAGGGGGCUGCUCCUGUGGCUCAUGAUGAACAGCCCUUCUACGAAGACCUUAUUUUUCGUAUACUCUGUCCGGUUGAUAGGGUUGAUCGUAUUGUCGGGGAAUCAGGUGGAAUUUUAGAGCUCCUUCAGGAUCGAGUUGGAGUAGAUGUUCAGAUUUCUGAUCGUGUUGGUGGUUCGGAUGAACAGAUGGUUAUCAUUACUUCAGAGGAGGGUCCCAAUGAUACGAUGUUCCCAGCCCAGGAAGCUCUGUUACAUAUACAAACUCACAUUGUUGAUCUCAGUGACAGUAUAAUUACCACCAGGCUGAUUGUCCCUUCUAGCGACAUUGAAUGCUUAGAUGGAAAAAAUGCCUCACUAUCAGAAAUAGAGAGGUCGACUGGUGCUAGUGUUCAAAUACUUCCUAGAGAAGAACUACCGCCCUGCAUUGCAAACACUGAUGAACUGGUGCAGAUUGUAGGAGAGAUAGAAGCAGCCCGGAAUGUUAUUCUCGAUGUGACUGCAAAAUUAAGAAGUUAUGUGUAUAGGGAUAUCUUGCAAUGGGACACAGUACCUCCAUCCGCCCCCUUACCUAGCGUGGAGGCAUCGUCUUCUAACAGUAUGGCUACGGUUGCUGAAACUGCCACUGCCAAUCAGAAUAUGCAAAGUGUGGCAGUAGCCCUUGCAUCCAAGGAAUCUGGAGGAUCUACUGAGAUGGGAAAGCAGAAAGAAAGUGACCGCCGUGAUGAUUUGCCUACUGGUUUAAAUCGGACUGUUUCUCUUGUCACAAGGAGUAUACUUGAAGUUGUCAUACCAGAGUAUGCAGUUCCAAAGCUUUUAGCGAAGUCCAAAAGCAAGCUUGCACAAAUAAGUGAGUUAUCGGGAGCCAAUGUAAAGCUUGUAGAGGAUAGACCAGAUGAGAAAGAGAAGAUUAUUCAGAUAUCCGGUACUCCAGAGCAGGCAGAGAGAGGGCAAAGCUUGCUCCAGGGAUUUAUUUUGAGCACCCAAGAAGAUGGUCCUUAAGUGAUGGUUUUACCUAAAGCCGGUCAGUCUAAUGAAUAGUUUCAUUAAUUUUGUUGCCUGGGGCAUUUUGUUCCAUGCGCUGAUUGGUUUUACAUAUAUUUUUGGUGCCGCGGUGUCGCCAAGAAUUGGAAUUUUCAUUUUGAAAGAAGCAAUCUACUGUAAAUGUUGUAGUAAGGUAGCUUCUUGGUUAUUUUAUUUUUUAGUAUUUUGACUAUUUUCAGCAAGUGCAUGGUUGCACUUUUUGCCUACAUUGGAGUUUUUUCUGGUCUAUUAAUUUAUUGAUCAGGUCAUGAAAA